CUUCAGACGAGGCUCACCCAGGCACCUGUCUCACCUCCCUGUCUCUCUGUCUCUCUGUCCGUCUCUCUGUCUCUCUAAAGCUCUACGAGGAUGACAAUUUUAACUAUAUUACGAGCUGCUACGAGACUGAGGAGCAGAGUGAGUCGUAGAUAUGGACAAGAGACCAACAGACAUGUGUGGACUAGCACCCUUAAACGAGGUAGUUCAGCUGUUGCCUCUGUUGGUGAUGCGGUCAAAAAUGAAUAUCAAGUUGGUGAAGAAGUCUCAGGAUUUUUAGUCAAGGAAAUCCAGGAUGUUCCGGAACUCCACCUCACCGCCAUACGCCUGGAACACGUGGGCACUGGAGCCGACUACCUACACGUGGCACGGGACGACCCCAACAACGUGUUUUGCGUGGGGUUCCGGACGACUCCCAUGGACUCGACGGGCGUCCCGCACAUCCUCGAGCACACGGUACUGUGCGGCAGCGAGAGAUACCCGUGCAGGGAUCCGUUCUUUAAGAUGUUGAAUCGUUCUCUGUCUACUUUUAUGAACGCCAUGACGGGCAGCGACUACACCGUGUACCCAUUCUCGACUCAGCACCCCGUCGACUUUAGGAACUUGUUGUCGGUGUAUAUGGACGCCGCGUUCAGGCCGCACCUCUCGGAGCUGGACUUUCUUCAGGAGGGCUGGAGGCUCGAACACCGGGAUCCUCGGGAUAGGUCGUCGCCGAUAGUCUUUAAGGGCGUCGUGUUUAACGAGAUGAAAGGUGUGUUCGCAGAUUCCCAGCAGCUGUUCCUGCAGAAACUACAGAACGGUCUGCUGCCUUCUCACACGUACGGCGUCGUGUCGGGCGGCGACCCUCUCGACAUUCCCCGGCUGACGUGGCAACGGCUCAGAGACUUCCACUCUUACCACUACCACCCCAGUAAUGCCCGGUUUUACACCUACGGAGACCAGCCUCUGGUGAACCAUCUAGAGUUCAUAAACGACGGUUAUCUCCGCCACUACGAUAAAAUAAACCCCGAGACGGACGUUCCGGAGGAGCCCUGUUGGUCGGAGCCGAGACGCGCCCACGUGGAGUGUGGCGCGGACCCCAUGGCCAGCGGCGACGGCCAGACGAGUAUAGCCGUCUCUUAUAAAUUAGUCGACAUAACCAACGUCUUUGAAACCUUCGUCCUGUACGUCCUCGGAGAGCUGUUGACGAGUGGCCCCAACGCCCCCUUCUACAAGAGUCUCCUGGAGCCACAGUUAGGCUCCGGCUUCUCCCCGUCCUCCGGUUUUGACGGCCACACCCGUAACACCACCUUCACCGUCGGACUACAGGGCGUUAAAGACAGCGACGUAGACGCGGUGGGACGGAUCAUCGACGAGACGUUCGCUAAAGUCUCCACCGAAGGAUUCCCCCCGGAGCGAGUGGAGGCCGUGAUACACAACCUGGAACUACAAGUGAAGCACCAGACGUCGUUCUUUGGCCUCGGGGUAGUCCUGGGCAUCACCCCUCUCUGGAACCUGGGCGGCGACCCGAUCGACUCCUUACGAAUUAACCAAAAAAUAAACAGAUUAAAAAAAUGCAUCGAAGAGAAUCCCAAGUUCUUACAAGAGAAGGUUACCGAAUAUUUCCUGGAGAAUAAACACAAGUACACACAGACUAUGUCGCCACGGGAAGGUUAUGAGACCAAGCUACAGGAAGAGGAAGAAUUGAUGCUGAGUCAACGUCUGUCUGGUCUGACGGACGACGACCGUACGGACAUUUGGGAGAAGGGAGAGACGUUGGCGUGUAAACAAGAGGAAGACGACGAUCUAUCCUGUCUGCCGACGUUAAAGGUAUCGGAUAUCAGCCGCGCCGUGCCUCCGACGCUGGUGACUGAUAUCGGUCUAUCGGGCGGCGUACCCGUACAGAUCUGCGACCAGCCCACCAACGGCAUAACGUACUUCUCUGCUGUGCUAGACACUCACGACGUACCGGACCGUCUCAGAUCGCUCGUCCCUGUGCUGUGUGGGGUGCUGACCCGCAUGGGGGCGGGGCAUCUCGAUUUUCGUCAGCUGGAUCAAAAGUUGGACCUGGUCUGCGGCGGCGUCGGCGCUUGUACCCACUUAAACGCUCAUCCUAUAAAUGCUGUACAGUAUGAACAGGGAAUCCUUCUUUCAUCUCAUUGCCUGAACCAAAAUUUAAUGAAGAUGCUCGAUAUUUGGUCGUUAAUCCUCAACGAAGUGAAUUUAAUCGACCUGCAGAGGUUUACUACGCUGGUUAACAUGAUUGCCACCGACCAGUCUAAUAGCUUGGUGUAUUCUGGUCAUAAAUAUGCCAUGACUGCGGCAAGCGCCUCGACCGGUCACGUGGCCGCUUUGACCGAACGCUGGAGCGGUCUUACGUUCCUGAAACAGAUGAAAGCUCUCGCCAAAUCAAAAGACCUCGCCCAGACGCUCGAACGGCUACGUGAACUAUCCUCGCUGUUGUUGUCCAAGAGCAAGAUGAGAGUUUCCGUCAACACGACCCCCGAUCACCGCGACACGACUCUUCGCAACUUCCAGACAUUUUUAAACGGCUUGUCCGGCGAACCGUGCGGAUACUCGCCGCUCGCGACGCUCCCCGGGGACUUCACGCCUCAUCCGUCAAAGACCCACCAGGUGUUUCCCUUCCCGGUUAACUUCGCCUCCAAGUCGUUCCCUGGGGUGCCGUACUGUCACCCGGAUGCAGGAGCCCUGAGGGUCCUCGCUCGUCUCAUGUUCCGCUUUUUGCAUCGGGAGAUCCGGGAGAAGGGCGGAGCUUACGGCGGGGGCUCAGCGACGACGCCCGGAGGAGCGUUCAGCUUCUACAGCUACCGUGACCCCCACUCGACCCAGACCUUGGAAACCUUCGAUGCUGCGGUCGAGUGGGUGCUAUCCGGCGAGUUCGACCAGCGGGACGUGGACGAGGCUAAGUUAGGGGUGUUCCAGGCGGUCGAUGCUCCGGAGUCCCCGGGGGCAAAGGGCAGGCGUCGCUUCCUCUCGCACAUCACGGAGGAACAGUUUGCCGAUCACCGCCGGCUGAUCCUCGACGCUGCCUCCCAGGACCUAGUGAGAGCCGCUCGGGUCUAUCUCAGGGAUGCUGUUGUGGAGGGGACCUGUCUCAUUGGUCCAGAAAAUGAAAAUAUAUCGAACGACCUCUUUUGGAACACUGUCCGUAAUUAAGAUCGUUUAAUGCAUUACAAUUCAGUACAAUACAACGCAAUACAUAACAUUAUGGUACAUUACAAUACAGUACAAUACAUUAUGGUACAAUACAACACAAUACAAUACAAAAUGGUCUCAUACAACACCACAUCAAAUAUUCCAGGGUUUUCCAAUGAACCGGUGAGUUACACAGUGUUAUGAACUAUUUAUCAAUGAUUAAAUUUGUUAAGUAAUCCUGUUAAGAAAAUGUGAUUAUAAGAUACUUUAAUUAAUCUUUCACUAUUACUUGUACAUACAACAUUAUUAUUGGGUGAUUUGUGAGUUAGAAAUAAGCUAAUCCAGUGUUCAGUAAAUGAUUAUGUGUAGUGAGUUAAUUUGUUGUGUAUAAAGUGAUGUAGUAUCUUAUUGCUGGCUGAUUUAUCUUAAGAAACUGUAUGUCAGGUCAUUAUGUAUAUGUAUAGAAUGCUACGGGUAAUAUAUAUACAUUUGAUGUAUAACUUGGCGUCGAGCUAUUCAUCCCAAUACAGUGAUUUCUUCAUUCUAUUAUUGGGAUUGAUUAACUUUUUGGUUGUUAUACAUUGAAUAUAUAUUACCUAGAUAUUUCCCCUUCCCCCUACAUAACUAGACCAUCAAAUAGCAAGUUUGGCUGGCCUGAUCAAUAACCCAUUCCUUGGUUUCCUAGUAAAGAUUAAACAAAUUUCAAACCCGUUCCAUUAUUUCAGUCUAUUAAUGUUUAGUAACUAUGAAAUAUUGUCUAGUUCAGGAAAAAGUAUUUGGAGCGGAAAUUCUUGAAAUUAAUAUUUUGUACUGUAUAGUUUUAUGUUGUAAAUAUUGAAAGUA